GAUAAUAUUCAUAGACUACAGAUCUUAAUGCAAUUGUAAAAAUCAAUCAAUUAUUGAAUUAUGUGGAUUAUAAUUUGAACAGUCUUUCCUAAUUAGCUGCUUGCCUGCAGAAAAAGCAUCGAAUGUUCGUGGAUAAAAUAAAAUAUCAUUUUGGAACCAACUUCAGAGAGAUCAAGAUUUAUGAUUACUUUGAUUAUAAUUACUAACGACGUAUAGAUCGCGCUGACAAUAGCAAUGUGAAAGCUUUGAAAAUCUUGGAUAUUGCUACAGUUUUUAAAGCAAUCGUGACGUUUAGAAAAUUGCUGGCUAAUACAUGCAAUAGUAUAGAAAAGACAAUUAUCUAAAACCGGGAUUAAACUGGGGCCAGCUGUGUACUUAUAAAACCCUAUUAGUUUGUAUUUGCGAUAAUGACCAACAAUAUUAUUAUAAAUCAUAACAUGCGUGCGCGCAGGCAAUGACUCCACAGUUCACAUCGACUGAUAAUGGUUUAUACGGUAUGAUGUUUUUGUAUAUAAAUCUAUAGUUUAAUUUAUUGGUGAUAUCUUAUUUCUUAUGCCGUUGUUUUUUAACCUAUUUUUUUCUAGGAGUUACUGAAUUAUUUGAGAUGUUUUUUUAUUACAGUUCAGCCAAUUUCGAGUUUUUAAGUCUUAGCAAUACUUCAGUCACCGCAAAGUCUGCAAAUCAAUGAUCCCAAGAGUGUUUAGAGGUAGCACACAUGGUGCUUAGUUAAACCCGCUUAUCUGAAAUUACUAUAUUAGACAUAUUCCAAUAACUAUUAUUCCUUACAGACUCAACGGUUCUACCGACCAUCGUAGCUUCUGCUUAACUAAUAAGCUUUGCUGUCAAAUUUAAAACUACGAAAAAUUACCCACCCUGUAUAAACAGUGGUUGCAGUGGCGAGCUAUCUGCAUGUAGUAGCUCAGUAGAAGAGUGCGAAGCCCCCGUCCUGACAUGUCUAUGUUACUAAUUUUUAUAUUGUGCGCGUUUAUCAGAGCUCACGAGGCAACACCGAAACAAUGUUUUUCAAAUUUGUUUCCUUUCGGGGUGGCCUCAGCAGCGUUCCAGACUGAAGGCGCUUGGAACGUGUCAGGCAAAGGUGAAAGCAUCUGGGACAGGUACACCCAUGAACAUCCGGAGCUGGUGUUCGACCACAAUAAUGCUGACGUCGCCACUGAUUCCUACCACAAGUACGAAGAUGACGUGAAAAUUGCCAAGCAGCUAGGCGUCACCUUCUACAGGUUUUCCAUCUCGUGGCCGAGGAUACUGCCCACUGGCCUUAGAAACAAGAUAAAUGAAGACGGUCUGAAAUACUACCACAACGUGAUCGAUGCGUUAUUGAGGGAGAACAUAGUCCCGGUGGUGACCAUGUACCACUGGGACCUGCCGCAGAGCCUGCAGGAUUUGGGAGGCUGGACCAACCCCACCAUAGCUGAAUACUACGUCGACUAUGCUAGGGUGCUGUUUGAAAACUACGGCCACAAAGUUAACACUUGGUUGACGUUUAACGAGCCCUUAUCCUUCUGCCACGACGGGUAUGGAGGUUACGAUGCCCCUGGAAGCCGCUCCAGCGGGUUCGAAGAUUAUCUCUGCGGCCACAACGUGCUGAGGGCACACGGCAUGACUUUCAGAAUGUUUCAGAGGGAAUUUAGUCAUCUUAAAGCAUCGGUAGGAAUCACUCUGGACUUGUCUUGGCUUGAACCGGCAACGACGUCCGCAGACGAUCAGGAAGCCGCGGAGACCGCAAGGCAAUUUAGAUUUGGCUGGUUCAGCCAUCCGAUCUUGUCCAAAGAAGGGGACUACCCACGAGUGAUGAGAGAGUCAAUAGACCGCAACUCCAAACGCCAGGGCUUCUUCCGCUCUCGCCUGCCGUCUUUCACGCCAGAAGAGGUGGAUAUGAUAAAGAAUUCCUAUCACUUCUUGGGAUUGAAUCACUACACUACGUACUUGGUGAGUAAAGGAUCUGGCAAAAUCAGUACCAAGCCAUCAUUCGAUGACGACAUGGGAGUGAAGAUAAGCCAGAACCCGUCGUGGCCGAAAACAAAUUCCACAUGGCUUAGAGUGGUGCCAUGGGGCUUCAGAAAAACUCUGAACUGGGUGAAGAACUCGUUCAACAACCCGUUACUGAUAAUCACAGAAAACGGCGUACCAUUCGAAGCAGGCCUGCAAGACGUGAAGCGAGUGAACUACAUCGAGGCGUACCUGCGUUCGCUACACGACGCCAUAUACAAGGACGGCUGCAAUGUGUUCGGGUACACUUACUGGAGUCUCAUGGACAAUUAUGAGUGGAUGAGGGGUUACUCCGAGCGUUUCGGUCUGUUCGAGGUGGACUACAAGUCCUCGAACCUGACGCGGUCGGCUCGCCUCUCCGCCGCCUUCUACUCCACAGUCGCCAGGACCAAGUGCAUCCCAGACAACUUCAAUUACUACAACUACGAUGUCACUAAAUAGAUUCGGGUCAUAAGCAGUGAUGUAAAUUGAUACUAUAUCAAUAAGAUUUGUAGCCAUAUUGUGUAAAAUAUUGUACAAGAUGAUUUACUUUUUUUUUCUAAUAAAAAAAAUUGGGAUCAUAAAUUUAAUAAUAAUACUGGCAUCGAAUAAUUUCAGUUUAAAAAAUUGUGUUACUUUAUAUAACCUAAUAUUUAUACCAAGUAUGAAUAUAGGAAUUUGUGUGAAAAUAAAUAAUAUACAUAA